GUAAUAUCUGUAUCUUAUUAUUUUACUUUUUUUUUACGGUACACGUGCACUAUUAAUAGUUAAUUAAAAUUAAUGGCGAGUGCAAUUCAACGAUUUUUCGGCAAAAAGACUCCAGAUGAACUUGUUAAGAAAUGGAGACAAGAGAUUCGAGCACAACAAAGAGGCAUCGAUAGACAAAUAAGAGCUAUAGAUACUGAAGAAAUCAAAGUAAAACGAUCCAUCAAACAAGUUGCUAAAAAAGGAGAUGUCAAGAGUUGUAAAAUGUUAGCAAAGGAAUUGAUACGUUCACAAAGGCAUAAGAACAGACUCUACACUAGUAAAGCACAAAUGAACUCAAUUAUUAUGCAAUUAGAACAUCAAUUAGCUACUCUAAAAGUAGCAGGGUCUCUUCAAAAAAGUGGCGAAGUUAUGAAACUUGUUAAUCAGUUAUCUCGUUUACCAGAAGUUUCACAAACUAUGCAGCAGAUGUCUAUGGAAAUGACAAAGGCAGGACUUAUGGAAGAAAUGAUAAGUGAUACAAUAGAGAUGAUGGAUGAUGAUGAUAUCGAAGAGGCAGCAGACGAAGAAGUAAAUAAUGUAUUAUUUCAAAUUACAGAUGGUUUGUUAGGCGAAGCUGGAUCCGUUGGUCCUUCACUAGAGACUAAGCCUGUUGCAGUAGAAGAAGAGGAGGAGGAGGAGGAAGAAGAAGGACCAGAAUUAGAUAUGAUGCAAAAGCGUUUACAGGCACUAAAAGGAUAAUCAUGUAUUUUAAAUCUUUACAUAAUACAUAUACGAAGACUGUUUAUUUGUCUUUACGUUUAUCACUAAUUGAGUAUACUGUGUUUUCCAAAUAAAUGAGAAGAAAUUUCUAUUAAAUGGGAAUUUAGAACUUCUAAAAUGAGAAAAAAUGCUAUUAGCCAAUUGAGAAAACGUGAUAAUUAUUUUGAGAAAAUUAAAGCAGUAGUUAAGAGGUGCCUUUUUUAACGUAUUUAUAACUAAUUGAAAAUGAUAGUAGAUGUUCAUAUGAAAGACCUUUCUCUGGAAGAUUUUAACAGCUUAGAAGAGCAGAUGACUGAAAUUUACACCAGCUUGAUGUCCAUGUUGCGUGGA